AUGAUUUCGCUUCUGUUCUUGAAGCAGCUCUUGACUAUUCCUGUGGCUAUCGUAUCGGCCGUGGUCAAGUAUUACACCACAGGCACCGUUUAUCUGACCACCAACAAGGAAUUUGCAAACUCCCUCUAUAAGAAUGUUCAUAUGUCUGUUUUGUUUCACUUGGCCAAUACCUACAACAGAGACGAUGUCGCAACGUUCAUCUAUCGUUCCACUCAGUCUCAUUUCAAAAAGUUCAAGUCCCACCCAUUGGCUGUGGGAUUGAACGGCUUUGGCGAGUCCAUCGACCCCCGCACUACUUGGGUCGUGAAGAAUGGCAGUGCUGCUGCCUCUGAGAAAUCUGCUGUGCUUUUUCUUCAUGGUGGAGGCUACUGCUUAAAUGUGUUCAGCACUCAGUUUAUUGGCAUCAUGGCCCUCUACUACGCGGUCCCAGAGCCCGAAAGGGAGAAGUUGUCCAUUGCUAUUUUGGACUAUUCUCUCACUUGCCACUACAAGAAAUUCCCUACCCAGAUUUUCGAGGCCAUCCACGCAUACCGCGAGUUGGUGAACCAAGGCUAUACCAAAAUCACGCUUCUUGGGGAUUCCGCAGGUACCAACUUGGCGUGCGCCGUGGCUAGGUUUAUCGCUUAUCCUGAAGAAGCCAAAGCCACUUUUAGCAAGUUCGCUGACUUUGACUGGGACUUUUCGCCUUUGCCUCAGCCUGAGAACAUGAUUUUCAUCUCGCCCUGGCUUGAACCUUGUACUGUUCCCAAAUAUCUUCCUGGUGUGGACACUGCGGGUGAUUUGGGUGCUAUCGACACCUCUUUUGGCGAUUGGUAUGUGGAAGGAUUGAACUUGGAUGAGAUCAAACCGUUUGUGCAAUUCACAAAUACCACGUACGAGAAACACUGGGCCAACGUGGAUGCCUUCAAUGGCAAGGGCAGAUGCUUGUAUCUUUACGGAGCAAGAGAAAUCUUGAGAGAAGGUGUCGAACGGUUUGCUGACAUCAUCACCAAAGAGGGCCUGGGCAAGUUGGAGGUGUAUGUCGAGGCAGGCGGCAUCCACGACGCUCUUUUCUAUGUUGAGAGUCUCGACUACUUGGGCAAAUCUGGUGCUCAGAGGGCUUUAGAGGGAGAUUUUCUGUCUAAGUUCGCUUACAGCUUGGUGGGUGAAUUUUUGGCCGAACUUGUGAAGUAG